AUGGCUCCAAGGUUCGGUUUUUCAGAUUUGUGGGCGAAAGAAACGAGGAAAGGCACACCAGUUGUGGUCACAAUGGAGAAUCCCAAUUACUCCAUCGUUGAAGUGGAUGAGCCAGACGGUGCGUUCAGACCAAUGGAGAGGAGUAGAGGGAAGAAUGUUAAGCAAGUGACUUGGGUUUUGCUUCUCAAAGCUCACAAAGCCGUUGGUUGUCUCACUUGGCUAGCAACAGUCUUCUGGUCUCUCCUUGGUUCGGUCAAGAGACGUCUCUGUUUCACUCACAGGCUUGGCUCUGAGAGACUUGGCAGAGACAGAUGGCUUUUCUCAGCCAUUAAGCUCUUCUUAGCUGCUUCCUUGUGGGUUCUUGUCUUUGAGUUAAUUGCUUAUUACAGAGGAUGGCAUUACUUCAAGAACCCUAGCCUUCAUAUUCCGACAAGCAAACUUGAGAUCCAGAGCUUGUUUCAUCUGCUCUACGUUGGUUGGUUAACCUUAAGAGCUGAUUAUAUUGCUCCUCCGGUUAAAGCCCUCUCCAAGUUCUGUAUUGUACUGUUCCUUGUGCAGUCUGUAGAUCGUUUGAUUCUUUGCUUGGGAUGUUUCUGGAUCAAGUACAAGAAGAUUAAGCCGAGAGUCAUCGUUGAAGAGUCUUAUGAUGAUGUUGAAGGAGCAGGAUCUGAGUAUCCAAUGGUUCUUGUUCAGAUACCAAUGUGCAAUGAGAGAGAGGUGUAUGAGCAAUCUAUAUCUGCUGUGUGUCAGCUAGAUUGGCCAAAAGAUCGAAUACUGAUUCAGGUUCUAGAUGAUUCGGAUGAUGAAAGCAUACAGGAGUUGAUUAGAGCUGAGGUUACUAAAUGGAGUCAAAAGGGUGUCAAUAUUAUUUACAGGCAUCGCUUGGUUAGAACUGGUUACAAAGCUGGUAACCUCAAAUCUGCAAUGAGCUGUGAUUACGUGGAAGCUUACGAGUUUGUUGCAAUUUUCGAUGCGGACUUUCAACCUAACUCAGAUUUUCUUAAACUGACCGUUCCACAUUUCAAGGGGAAGCCAGAGUUAGGUCUGGUACAGGCUAGGUGGGCGUUUGUGAACAAAGACGAGAACCUGUUGACACGUCUCCAGAACAUCAAUCUUUGUUUUCAUUUUGAGGUUGAGCAGCAAGUUAAUGGUGUCUUCUUGAAUUUCUUUGGCUUUAAUGGAACUGCUGGUGUGUGGAGAAUCAAAGCCCUUGAGGAAUCUGGAGGUUGGCUUGAAAGGACAACCGUUGAAGAUAUGGAUAUAGCUGUUCGAGCUCAUCUUCAUGGAUGGAAAUUCAUAUACCUAAACGAUGUCAAGGUUCUUUGUGAAGUUCCUGAGUCAUAUGAAGCAUACAAGAAGCAGCAACACCGAUGGCACUCUGGACCUAUGCAGCUGUUUCGCUUGUGUCUUAAAUCAAUCUUGACCUCUAAGAUUGCAAUGUGGAAGAAAGCAAAUUUGAUACUUUUGUUUUUCCUUCUAAGGAAGCUCAUACUACCUUUCUACUCCUUCACAUUGUUCUGUGUGAUCCUUCCAAUCACAAUGUUCGUUCCAGAAGCUGAGCUUCCCGUUUGGGUUAUCUGCUAUGUACCGAUAUUCAUGUCAUUGCUCAACAUUCUUCCUGCUCCAAAGUCUUUCCCUUUCAUUGUUCCUUACCUCUUGUUUGAGAACACAAUGUCAGUCACCAAGUUCAACGCCAUGGUAUCUGGACUGUUCCAACUUGGUAGCUCUUACGAAUGGAUUGUAACAAAGAAAGCAGGAAGAUCAUCAGAGUCUGAUCUUUUGGGUCUCACUGAUAAAGAGAUGCCACCACCAAGCCAAAUGCUAAGAGGAGUUUCAGACAGUGAGCUCUUGGAGAUAAGCCAAGUUGAGGAGGAGCAGAAGAAGAAGAAGAAACAAACAGUUACUGUGAAGAAAACUAAUAAGAUAUUCCACAAAGAGCUGGCUCUGGCUUUUCUGUUGCUCACCGCAGCAGUUAGGAGUCUGUUGGCCUCACAAGGAGUGCAUUUCUACUUCCUGUUGUUCCAAGGUCUCACUUUUCUUCUUGUGGGUCUCGACCUCAUAGGCGAGCAGAUGAGUUGAGAAACAACUGAUGAUGAUGGUUGAAGAUGCAGUUAAACUAUGUGAGUUUCCUCCUCCUAUUUUGCUAAUGUUGGAGCCAUAAUUUGUAGGAUAUUUGUUGAUUUUAAAUUUGGUUAUAUCUCUCCAUUGUGAUUAAUUAAUCCUUGUUAGGUUAGAGUUUAAGCUACAGUUAUACUCACCCCUCUCUAUAUCUGUAGUAUCUACAAUAGUCAGGAACUUGUUGCUUAUGUCUGAAAUACAUUGCUGUUAAACAGACUUACU